UCCCCCUGUGUGAGCAAAAUGUGGAAUUUCCCGCAGUCUGACACACAUACAGGAACUUCCCAUCAGUCACCAGGAAGGGUGAGAGAGUGUCUAUUUACAGAUACAGUUUUUUUUUUUAAGAUAUCUUUAGUAAGAAUAGGUUAUUUCUAGUACUGAAGGCAGACAUGCUGUAGCCACAGAAUAGCAAGUCCUAUUUGCAGCCUGUUAAAGGGGGAACAGACUAGGAGAGCAGCUUAGGCUUUAAAGGGCAGCCUUGUGACCCUGAGUAUCAUAUGUGUCACAUGUCGGUGAAUGCAGCCUGCAGACGUGUUCAGGUAUUGCUAAGGUGAGACAGACACAAACAUACUCAUGGGGCGGGGAUAAAAACAAGGCCUGAACUCUUACAGAAUGAGGAAGAAGAUGAAAGAAGGCUCGCAAUAUUGUUUCACUUUAGAAAACGCAAGCAGGUGCAGCACGUCUCUAAAUGUCAUCUAGGUAGAAGGGGAAGUAUGCGGAGACAGGUGAGCUGAGCGACGCUGCAAGCAAAAACAGCCUGGGCCCAAGAGCUAGCAAUCCGCUACUGACAUUUCAGAGGACGGUACCUCUAUAUCCUUUCAUAUUAGGGACUAGCUAUUCGACCUAAAAUGCUGAUGGCAGUGGGCAAAUAUGAGGCUGUGCAAGAUGAUGAGAGCGUGGACGAGUUUGCCGUGCCGCAGGAAUCGGAGAAAGCGCUGCGAAGGCAGCAAGCGUGCAUUGAAAGACUGUUUGGAGUCACGGUGAACGUAAUCGGAGUGCUGAUGCAGGAUCCCCUACCCCUGCAAUCUACGGGACACCAGCAGAUAUGGGUUCAACUUGGAGGAGAAAGAAGGAGCAUCAUCAAAGCUAAGGAUUAUAUUAAAGGACUAUGCACCCCAGAGUUAACUGAGGACUUUAACUACCCACGUGAGAUGCACUGCAUCUUUGUUGGGGCCGGGGGUCUCUUCCUUGACUGCCUAAUUAGAGCUACUUCAGCGUGCGUCAACCCUCUAAGUCAUGGACUGAUUACAAUCUCUGGCUUGGCUGAGGGAGUAGUAAUGGCCCGAAGUCAAAUUCAUGCAUUUUUAGAUGUUUGUAACACCAAGCCCGAAGACCAAGAGACCUCUAUUAAAAGGAAUUUUAAGGCUCUGGUAGAAGAAUAUAAUGACAUACAUGCACUGGAUCUUCUUAUUCUUCCAACUUCCACCAAGGAACAGUUACUAGCUCUCGUAGAGGAGGACAAAGAGAGUAGACAGAAACAACCCACAAGCCACCAGAGGGAAUGUGAUGCAAUGAGAAAGCUUCCUCCCCAUCCUGCAGCAAUGGAAUAUCCAAAUCAGAGACUUGACAACCCUGUAAUAUCACAGCCAGUACAUAUAACAAAGAAUAGGCCUGUUAAAGGAGUUUUGCGUGAGAGGGCUUCUGAACCUCGUGAACCAGUUCAGAACAAUAUAUGGGAUCUGAAAAAACAGCCAGUACCACUUGGUGUACAGGAAAGGCCAGUGAUGGGGUUCGAUGAAUGUGAGUCUUCGGGUUCUUAUCAGAAUGAAGGAACUGAACUGAAUCAAAGGAUGGAACCGCUAGUAAAAGACGAUGAGGAAUUCCAGCAAAUAUCUGGUCUACUGGAUACUAUUAUGAGGUGGGAUGAUGGAGAACCAGGCUCUCAUCACAAUUUUUCUUUAGAGUUUAACAUGCUUUUAGACUUUUUCAAGACAAUGGGUUAUCAGGAAUCUAUUGUGCUUAAGGUGUUGUCAGAAAAUGGGAUCCAGGAGCCUUCUCAGAUUCUGGACAAAGUUAAACGGGAACAAUCUAGUCAUAAACCUAGUGACAGUAACCAAGUACAAAGGCCUUCUACUCUAAAAGGUAUGUCACGUGUUCUUUCUAUUAAUGAUGAGGACUACCUUUUAGAAGUGAUGAAAUCGGCUGCCAAACAUUGUGGCUAUUCACCCAGUGAAAUUGUCGACAUCGGAGAUGGUUCUGUGGCUGGGUUACUAAGGAAACUCAAUGAAAAAAAUGAUUCCGAAGAAUUUAUUUUUCAAAGUGGGCCUCAAAGAAAAGGACACGAGGAGAAUGAUUUACAAAUUCCAGAAAACCUUGUUCUAGCAAGGCCUGAGAUACACAUUGUUAACCCAACUAUGGGAAUGGGUGAUCUGCCGAGGAACAAACCAAUGGUUAAUAAUCACCCAGUUGAGGAUAUAUUUCAUGGUGGCCUUGAGUCAGAGACAAUGAGCAUAGAACAAUCCAAAGGUACAACUGGUAAGGAAGAAUCCAAUGUACCUAUUGUGACUGGAGCGCAGCGAUUUAAUGAAGCAAUGCAGACUCCUUUCCAGCUUAACCUAAGAAAUGAAAAAGGAAAUGACCAACUGAGACAUGUCAUUAUAGAUGGAAGUAAUGUGGCCAUGAUACAUGGUCUUCAUCGGUUUUACUCUUGCCGUGGCAUUGCGUUGGCCGUACAGUACUUUUGGGACAGAGGACAUCGCAAUAUCACCGUCUUUGUCCCUCAGAAGAAGAUGAAGAAGGACCGUAAAACGAAAGAGCAACAUUUCCUGGCAGAGCUACGUGAUCUAGGUCUUCUAUCUUUCACCCCCUCGAGGACUGUGGACGGCAAAGGAAUAACAUCUUACGAUGACAGGUUUAUGCUGCAGCUGGCCGAGAAGACAGAGGGUGUCAUAGUCACGAAUGAUCAUUUACGGGACUUAUCUGCAGAAACGCAAGCUUGGCAAAAUAUAAUAAAGGACAGAGUGCUACAAUUCACCUUUGUUGGGGACAUAUUUAUGAUACCAGAUGAUCCCUUGGGAAGAAACGGGCCACCACUGGACCAGUUCCUGACCAAGAACUCGCUACCCAAAUUCAAGACAAAAGGUCACUCAUUUGCUGGUAGAAAAUCUCCUCACACAUCCCAAAGUCCACCAAGGCCAUCGGCUCAGACAGAGGUCCUCAACCUCAGAGACAGAAAGCCAGGUGGACAUAAGGGCAAAGAAGAGCCAGAACUAAGAUCCCACAGGGAGACUGAGAGACUAAGGAAUGAGCUUCUAAGUAUCUUUCCCCAACAAGAUACCAAAGUGGACUUUGUCCUGCACAGGGAGCCAUGUCUUAAAGAUCUCAACAAUCUCUCCGACCUCAUGAUUAACCUCAAGUUUUGAUCUGUAUGAAGCUGCAAAAGGGAGAAACACAUGUAUUAUCAGAGACUGCAUAAACCACAGGCUGGUGUCUAUGCAUAUUGUUUAAAAAAUGUUGAACACAAACUUUUAGAUUAUUUAAAAUUUAAAAGCAAUUAUUUGCAGAUUUUUUUUUUUAUAUUUUUUUAAAGAUGUAUGUAUAUGUUGCAUUAUUUGAAUAUGUUUUUUUAAAUGCUUUGUGUUGAUAAAAUGAAAUUCCUUUUAUUGCUGCUUGGCUUUUCCACUGCUUUAAUUGUAAAUGUAGCAUUUAGGAAAUGACAAGCUGGAACAGAUUUUAUUUUUUUUAAAUCUCCAGCUACUACUAUAAAACUUCUAGUCUGUAUGAUAUCACCCCACAACAUUCUGUAAGGGAAAUACAUACGAACAGUCCAGCAAGAAGACAGCUGUAUUUAAAGUAGGGUUCUGCUUACAUUCUUGGACAGCUAUAUAUGUUGAACACUGAUAAUUUAUGUUUUAAAGGUUCUAGUUCACCACCAUAAACUGUAAUGUGUGUAAAUGUAUGUUUUUUUUUCCUACAGGUUUAUUGAAUUCAAAAUAAAAAUAUAUUUUUAA